AUGCUCGGACUAUUGACGCUCACCUCGAUCCCUACGGUGACGGGUGUGGCAUUCGCAACCAGCGAGCAGCGCAAGGCGAAUCAACGCAAAGAAGAUGCGCGGCGAAUGGUAAAGUUCAACAUCGACGCAGUCUGCCAGGGCGAUACAGAUGACGACAAAGAUGUAAAUGGGUUAAGGGUGGUUGUUCGAGACGAUAAGGUCUGGCUUGAUAAUCCUAACCCCCGAAACCGUGCCUUCCCCGCAUUCACAUCCCUGGCCUUCUACAUUGAAUAUCCCGAGCUCGAGGAAACGAAACACCUAGAUCGUGGACUUGGGCUACCGACCUAUGUAUCGGCAGACCCACCACUUCUGAACUGGAUAUACGCGGACGUUGACACGUACGAGUUGAAGUAUGGGAACCGGUCACAGAGCGUGGAGCAUGUUGUCGGGCCGUGGAAUUGGACGGAGGACGAGAAAACGAUCACAUUAGAGGGGAGGGAUGCUUUCAUAGCGGUUGAAGAAGAGGAGGGGGAGUGGGCACUUUAUUUUGAUCGGGAUGGGGAUGAGUUGGCGGAUGUUUUGGAGGAACAGGGCUUAUUGGAUUGUGCUUUUGUGCCAGUUAGUCUUGUUAGACGGAUUGCGGAGGAUCAGGGAUGA